AUGGCUUCCGACGACGAGUCGUCCUCGCCGCUGCUUGCGCCUGCGAAAAAGCACAAUACCAGAGCCAAGCGAGGCACGUCUAGUGAAUCAACGCCAUUGCUGGCCGAUUCUGAGGCUGCCCCGCGCUACGACGGCGCUGAAGACGACGCGCCACAGCACGACGAUACGGCAGAAGGGCAUGAUGUUGCUCCCAGUGGCGCCGAUUCCAUAAGCUCAACAAAGAAGAAGUCACCACGCCGGUGGCCUUCCUAUAUCGCCGCAAGCAUACUCGCACUUCUAGUCAUUGCCAUUGCGAUCCUGGCCUUUAUUGUCCCCGAUGCCGUUCAAGAGUACUCUGAGCAAGCGGCUGUCAUCGAGCCGACAAAUCUGUCUCUCGAGUCAAUCACUGCAAAUGGCGUCCGGGCGCGGAUACAGGGAAACUUCAGAUUGGACGGCUCGCGAGUAGCCAACGAGCAUGUACGCCGAAUCGGCAGUACGGCUUUGUGGCUCGCUGGCCAGCUCGGAUCCGAGGAGACCCAAAUCACAGUGCGGCUCCCGGACUACGAGAACAUAGUCCUCGGAAGUGCUGUCGUUCCUCCGCUUGUUCUCGGCCUCAAAGAGGGUCAAGUCACGCAGCUGGAUUUCGUCACUGACCUGACUACUGGCGACCUCAAUGCUGUGAGGACCAUUGCGAAUGAGUGGUUGGAGGGGAGGCUGAAAUCUAUACGCCUCAAGGGAGUGGCUGAUUUGACCCUGAAGUCGGGCUUAAUUCCCCUUGGCACCCAUACCGUCACCGACACUGUUGUCUUCGAAGCUAAUAAAAUUCCCGCGCUGCCCAAAUACAACAUCACACGCUUCAACGUUCACGACGGGCCCCUGAACGCGUCCAUGAUCGCCGAUGUCACUCUCUCUGCCUUCAACGAGUACCCCGUGGACUUCAACGUACCUGAGUUGUUGUUCGAUAUCCUCGUACCGGGAUGCAAGCCGGAUGACUUUAUCCAGGUCGUUGACGCCAUGACACACGAGGUGCAUGUGCAACCUCACGCCGAGGUCUCUGCAAAUGUGACUGGUGUUGUUCGCGAGCUCCCGGAUGCUCUCACUGAGGAAUGUCCCCACUCGGACUCAUCUCCACUGGACACAUUCCUGAACUCCUUCAUCAAGGGAGAGCCCGCCACAUUGUUUGUCCGCGGAAACAGCCACCCAGGCCCGCAGACACCCGAGUGGAUCACAGAGCUCUUGUCCAGCGUGACCGUCCCGGUCCCAUUCCCCGGCCGUUCCCUGGACAACCUGAUUAGGAAUUUCUCCUUGACCGACGUCAACUUCUCGCUCCCCGACCCCGACGCGGAGCCAGAUGACCCCGCUUCGCAUCCGCAGGUCUCGGGGAACAUUCUCGUUUUGGUUGGCCUACCAUCCGAGUUGAACUUUGGCAUCAAUGUCACUGAUGUAAAAGCUACCGCAGAUGUGUUGUAUCAUUCGCGAAAGAUGGGGGAGCUGAACCUGCGGAAGUGGCAAGCAGCCAAGUCCACGCGGAUCGAAGAUCAGAAAGAAUCACUUCUCAAGAUUGAGUCUCACAUCUCUAAAGCGCCACUAGAGAUUACCGACAGCGAUGUCUUCAGUGAGGUCAUCCAGAUGCUGAUCUUCGGCCGCGACAAGAUUAUGCUGGAUAUUGUGGCAUCAGUGGACAUCAAGGUGCAAACGGCGCUUGGUGACAUUGUUGUCAAGGGCGUUCCUGCUGAAGGCACCAUUCCCGUAAAACCUCUCCCAAAGGGCUCAUUUAGCGACAUAGCUCCGCAGCUGGGGACCAUGAGGGUUAUUGAUUCUACCAGGAACUCAAUCACGCUCGAAGCGACCAUCAGCGCGACGAAUCCCACUCCUUACACCGCUCAAGUCCCCUAUCUCAACAUCUAUCUCAUGCAUAACGACACCAUCCUUGGCGACGCUACUGUGCAGCAUCUCAACGUCGUCCAAGGUUUAAAUCGCAACCUGGUGGUUAGGGCGACUUGGAGACCGGCUGAGGGCGGACCACAUGGCCGUGAUGUUGGUCGCAACCUCAUCUCACAGUACCUGUCUGGAAUGAACACGACUUUGACAGUGAAGGCGCAUCGGGAAAGCAUCCCAGGUCAACCAAAGCUUUGCGACGGCCUCGCGAAGCUGAACUUCACGUUUCCAACCCCACAUCUGACUCUGCCGGGCGACGCGCCUGAUGGGAAGACACACUUCAUCCGCGAUACCACGUUUCAUUUCCUCUCAUCGACGGCCACGUUCACACUUGUGUCGCCGUUACAAUACAACACUAUAUAUAUGGAUUUCGUCAAUGCGACUGCCUUCUACAACCAUACUGAGCCGGUAGGUAGCAUCAUCAACGACCUACCCUUCGCCGCCCCUCCCGGCAAGUCUCAAACGCCAAGGUUGCCAGUCACAUGGUCGCUGGGCUCAGUCGGCUACGACGCCGUGCGUAAUGCCAUCGGCGGCACCUUGAAGCUGGACGCCUACGCAGACGUGAGCGUCCGAUUGGGCAACUGGCAGGAGAACCUCUGGUACCGUGGCAAGGGUAUCGGGGCACGGGUGCAGCUAUAG